AUGUGUAUGUGUGUGGGCGUAUGUGGGCGUAUGUGGGCGUAUGUGAAUGGGGGAAGCUGCACGUGCAAUUGUUUUGCGUGUGAAAGUUCCCUUCCCUUUUUCCCUUUUUUUUUUAUUUGCAAUACCCAGUGGCUGCAUGUAUUUUCUUUUUUUUUUUGUGUCUGUACGCAUUUUGCAUCCUUUUCUAUGUUGUUUUCUCCUCCUGUUUUUUGUUUCCGUUUAUUGCAUGUGCAUUUUUAUGCAUGA